AUGGAGGAAACCUAUGUCAGGCAUGUGGAGUUUCUGGGCUUUGAGAAACGCUUCUUCCCCAGUCAGCGCUAUGUGAGUUUGAGUUUGAUCAUUGUUGACCAAAAUACCCAAUGGUUCAGUGGAGGUUAAUGCAUGGGGUUGUUUUCCCAGACACAGAUUAAGCCUAAUCAUAGACUUAAAAAGCAUGCUCAAUGGAGAUUCUCUAUUCAAAGUGCUUCUUAGUCAGAGUCUCUUCUUAAUAUUAAAGACAAUUGCUUAAAAAACUUGAAUGACCAAGAUUAUUAGUUAACAUUAAAUUGCUUUGAUAACAUUUUCAUUGAGCAAAAUAGCUUUUGAGCAUUUGAUUGUUCUUCACUUAUCUUUUUGACUACUUUCUCGGAAGGUCUACAUGCUGAUGGUGAAAUGGAACAACCUGUCUGAGAAGUUGAUCUAUAGAGGGUAUCCGGAGAUCUACACCUUUCACGUGAGUCUCUGCCUCACUCAACUUAAUAGUCUGGAGGCAAAAAGUAGGAAAGUUGGACAGCUGUGUAUGUCUAGUGUUUAUCUGUAUGCAAAUAGCAGUCGAAGGGAUUUCAUUGCUACCUCAAUAACUGAAAGCUUGUAAUAUAGUUAAAGGCUGUGAAAUGCCUGCCUUACUGUUAGCCCCACUGAUCUGCAGUCAGUUGAUAUGGUGCCUGACUGCCUAGGUUAUAUAAAUCCAUGAUGAAUAACUGCCUCUCUACUACCCCCACUGAUAUGCAGUUAGUUGAUAAUGUGUUUGGGUUAUAGAAAUCCCUAAUGGAGAUGUUCCCCAUUGAGGCCGGUGACAUCGAUAAGAAAGACAGGAUCAUCCCUGCAUUACCAGGUAAGGACAUGUAUCUGCUCUAUGGCUUACCUCUCCAAAAUGAUAGCUGGUGUGUGGUUAGCGUUCUGGCACAAAUGGUUGCUGUGCAUCACAAACGUGGGUGCCACACAUUAGUGGUGGAUGAGGUGAGCUUCCACCUUACCAUGUAAAGCGCUUUGAGCACCUAGGUGGAAAAUCAUGGAUAAAGAAAGUAUUGAUCUCUCUACAGUUUACUAUAGCAGUGAUGCUGUAAUUCUAGUAUCCUUUGCCUUUUUGCUUCAUUUGAAAACAAAAAAAGUUUAGGCUUUGUAUGCACUUGGGUGAACAGACUAGGUAGUGUUUGUUGUCAGUUAAUGCUUUGCGUAAGGAAACACCUGCUGCUGCAAUCCACAUGUGACAAAUGUACUUCUCUUUUUUUGUAUAAAUGCUAAUCAGUAAACCAUAGCAUCCUGUCUCAUUUUGAUAUUUUUUGAAAAUAACCUUAUUCAAUAUAAACUCAGCAAAAAAAGAAACGUCCUCUCACUGUCAACUGCGUUUUUUUUGAAGCAAACUUAACAUAUGUAAAUAUUUGUAUGAACAUAACAAGAUUCAACAACUGAGACAUAAACUGAACAAGUUCCACAGACAUGUGACUAACAGAAAUUGAAUAAUGUGUCCCUGAACAAAGGGGGUGUCAAAAUCAAAAGUAACAGUCAGUAUCUGGUGUGGCAACCACCUGCAUUAAGUACUGCAAUGCAUCUCCUCCUCAUGGACUGCACCAGAUUUUCCAGUUCUUGCUGUGAGAUGUUACUUCCACCAAUACACCUGCAAGUUCCCAGACAUUUCUGGGGGGAAUGGCCCUAGCCUUCACCCUCAGAUCCAACAGGUCCCAGACGUGCUCAAUGGGAUUGAGAUCCGGGCUCUUCGCUGGCCAUGGCAGAACACUGACAUUCCUGUCUUGCAGGAAAUCACGCACAGAACGAGCAGGAUGGCUGGUGGCAUUGUCAUGCUGGAGGGUCAUGUCAGGAUGAAACUGCAGGAAGGGUACCACAUGAGGGAGGAGGAUGUCUUCCCUGUAACGCACAGCGUUGAGAUUGCCUGCAAUGACAACAAGCUCAGUCCGAUGAUGCUGUGACACACCGCCCCAGACCAUGACGGACCCUCCACCUCCAAAUCAAUCCCGCUUCAGAGUACAGGCCUCGGUGUAACGCUCAUUCCUUCGACGAUGAGCGCGAAUCCGACCAUCACCCCUGGUGAGACAAAACCGCGACUCGUCAGUGAAGAGCACUUUUUGCCAGUCCUGUCUGGUCCAGCGACGGUGGGUUUGUGCCCAUAGGCGACGUUGUUGCCGGUGAUGUCUGGUGAGGACCUGCCUUACAACAGGCCUACAAGCCAUCAGUCCAGCCUCUCUCAGCCUAUUGCGGACAGUCUGAGCACUGAUGGGGGAAUUGUGCGUUCCUGGUGUAACUCGGGCAGUUGUUGUUGCCAUCCUGUACCUGUCCCGCAGGUGUGAUGUUCUGAUGUACCGAUCCUGUGCAGGUGUUGUUACACAUGGUCUGCCACUACGAGGACGAUCAGCUGUCCGUCCUGUCUCCCUGUAGCACUGUCUUAGGUGUCUCACAGUACGGACAUUGCAAUUUAUUGCCCUGGCCACAUCUGCAGUCCUCAUGCCUCCUUGCAGCAUGCCUAAGGCACGUUCACGCAGAUGAGCAGGGACCCUGGGUCUCUUUCUUUAGGUGUUUUUCAGAGUCAGUAGAAAGGCCUCUUUAGUGUCCUAAGUUUUCAUAACUGUGACCUUAAUUGUCUACCGUCUGUAAGCUGUUAGUGUCUUAAUGACCGUUCCACAGGUGCAUGUUCAUUAAUUGUUGAUGGUUCAUUGAACAUGCAUGGGAAACAGUGUUUAAACCCUUUACAAUGACGUUCUGUGAAGUUAUUUUGAUUUUUACUCAUGAUCUUUGAAAGAUAGGGUCCUGAAAAAGGGACGUUUAUUUUUUUUGCUGAGUUUAUUUUUAUUUUCUAGAUUUUAAUUGAAUUUAUAUAUAAAUUAUUUAUCUAAAAUAUAUUAUUUAAAUUACAAUGUAUCUUAUUCUUAUGCAGUCUAAAUAGUUAUAUAGUAUAUAAACAACUUCAAUUAUAGUAUAUAAACAACUUCAGUUAAAAGCUGAUUGGUAGGGAUUCUGUAUGUGUAAGACCGGCAUAUUACAUAUUUGACACUUUACAUUUUGGUCAAACAAUUUGCCCUAUCAGUUCUCCCUAAAGGCAGCAUAUUUUUAAUCCAAAGGCUGUGACCACUAGUGGUUAUUUAGCACAAAAGAAAAAUGAACUAACACAACAAGGACCCUCAACAGGGCUCAAGUCGUUAAGCUUGUGUUGAUACAACAUGGGGAAGCAGAAGUUGCAAACAAACCUCAAAGUACUAUGCAAUACCAGAAUCUUCCCCAGAAAUCAUAAUACCUAUGAAGAUUUUACUCUAACCAAUAUCAUGUAUUGACUGGAUUUGGCCAAUUUGGAAGGUGUAGGAUCAGGAUCUGAUUUUAGCUACAAAACAGGUUUAAUUACAGUGUCAACACAUUGAAAAGCAGACCCUGGUUUGUAAGUAUCUUCUCUGGUUCCCUAAAUCCUAUUUGCUUAGCAUUCAUUUACAAGUAGCUUUAAUGACAGUGUGAUACAUUAAGAGGAAACUGCAAUGUGCAAUUUACGUUUAGUUCCUUGUCCAACGCAAAGUUCCACAUUUUCACAGAUAAACAUAUAACAUCUACAUCCACCACUGUAGUGUGCUAUUUUGAAUUUUGAAUUUUAAGAAAUGAGGGUUCUCUGUUUUCAAUUGGCCUGCUAAUUUUUUCCCUUUCCUUCUGUCCCUCCUAUCCUCAGCGCCAAAGUGGUUGGACAGCCAAAAGAGCACCGAGACCAGGCAGAGCACUCUGGCUGAAUACUGCCAAUCUCUCAUCAACCUGCCCCCCAAGAUCUCCCACUGCCAGCUGGUAUGCAACUUCUUCAAGGUCCGACCGGAGGAUGAGAACCCACCCGCUCAACAGGUGUAAGUACAACUACAAGCAAUGUCUCACUACUAACUUGUAAACACUGUGGCUACGUUAUGAUUCUCUACCCUUCUCCUGAAGUGUGCAUUCGUAGACUCCCCUUCCUGGAUUUAAAAGGAAUGGACUGGUGUGAGGAAUAUGGUGGAAACUCCCUCCAGCCAUGUAUGCACCAAUCCAAUGUUGUAGAUCUAAGCCCUUAAAUCACAAUAUCUACUAAGCUAACAUAUAUAAUUGUUUUAAGAUGGUCAUUACAUUUAUCAUUUAACCAUUUGAUUUAGAAUUUUAGGACCCCUGUAGGUAUAUCUUUUUUAAAUGAAAUAUUGAAUUUGGCCUUUACUGCUACAGCCCAUAGAAAUGCAUUGAAUAACACAUGUACAUGGCAAAACAGACAGUUAAAAAAUUUAUCAUAAGGAAUAAGGUUUUGAAGUGUUUGUCCUAUAUCUGAGAGAGAUAAGAAAACUCAGGGGUGGGGGGAGGGGGGGUCACUUUUUUCAUGGCACUUUUUACCCACAAUGCACAUUGUGCAAUUUUUACAGCCCACUAUUGGGUUACCUUCAGAUGACUCCCCUGAAGCUUAGUGUAGUCUGAUUACUUUAGAGCAACUUGCACCUUUUGGUAACAUGAUACUUCCCUCACCUAUCCAGACUCCCAAAUAGCAACAUUCACAAGGGGUUUUCUUGUUGCAAGUUGGCUUAACACUGCAAGCUAGCUAGCUAGCCUUUUUGCUUCCCACAUCGCCAUGUGAAAUAAUCGGAUUUAUAAUGAAACAAUAUGCCCUGGAAAAUAUUAUUUUACUUGCCGGUGCAACAACAUUAUCCCAAUUUGAUAUGCUGCUUCAAUGUAUUCGCUCCCAUAUCAGCUAAUAAUAGAAUGUCAUCAUUUUUUGUCGUCACAGAGGGAAAAAAACACAUGGCCAUCUGUUUUUACAUUUCCAAAUAUCCUAGAGUAACCUUAUCACUUCUAAACAAAAUAACUUCUGGGGGGAUUCUAAUAAGGCUACAAUGUUGUUUAGUUUAUUGUUUGAACAGUCGCUGAGAUUAUAUUUCGUUAUCAAUGCAAAAUAGGCUGCUUAUUUAAUGCCAAGCUAAGUUUAAGUGAUUUUGAAGUUGAUUAGCUUCCCACAUCGCCAUGUGAAAUAAUCAGAUUUAUAAUUAAAUAAUAUGCCCUGGCAAGUAUUCUUAUACUUGCCGGUGUAAUUUACAACAUUAUCCCAAUUUGCAACAUUGAUGGGGCUGUAGUGGAGCGGGUCGAGAGUUUCAAGUUCCUUGGUGUCCACAUCAUCAACAAACUAUCAUGGUCCAAACACACCAAGAAAGUCGUGAAGAGGGCACGACAACACCUUUUCCCCCUCAGGAGACUGAAAAGAUUUGGCAUGGGUCCCCAGAUCCUCAAAAGGUUCUACAGCUGCACCAUCGAGAGUAUCCUGACUGGUUGCAUCACCGCCUGGUAUGGCAACUGCUCGGCAUCCGACCGUAAGGCGCUACAGUGGGUAAUGCGUACAGCCCAAUACAUCACUGGGGCCAAACUUCCUACCAUCCAGGACCUAUAUACUAGGCGGUGUCAGAGGAAGGCCCAAAAAGUUGUCAAAGACUCCAGUCACCCAAGUCAUAGACUGUUCUCUCUGCUACCGCACGGCAAGCGGUACCGGAACGCCAAGUCUAGGUCCAAAAGGCUCCUUAACAGCUUCUACCCCCAAUUAAUUAAAUAGCCACCCGGACUAUUUGCAUUGACCCCCCCCCCCCCCCCAACCUGUACCCCAGCACAUUGACUCGGUACUGGUACCCCCUGUAUAUAGCCUCAUUAUUGUUAUUAUUAUUUUAUUUUUGUAACUUUAGUUUAUUUAGUAAAUAUUUUCUGAACUGCAUUGUUGGUUAAGGGCUUGUAAGUAAGCAUUUCACGGUAAGGUCUACACCUGUUGUAUUUGGCACGUGACAAAUGAAAUUUGACUCGAUUUGAAUUUGAUAUGCUGCUUCAAUGUAUUCACUUCCAAAUCAGAUAAAAAUAGAAUGUCAUCAUGAUUUGGUCACAGAGGAAAAGCACAUAUCUCGCAGCUGUUUUUACCAAUAGCCUGGAAUCAAUACUUAUUACUUCUUUUUUUUUUUUUGGGGGGGGGGGGGGGGGAUUCUAAUAAGGCAACAUUUUUGUUUGGUUUAUUGUUUGAACAGUCACUAAGAUUAUUUAUUUAUCAAUGCAAAAUAGGUUACUCUGAUGCAUAGCCUAUACAGUGAGGGAAAAAAGUAUUUGAUCCCCUGCUGAUUUUGUACGUUUGCCCACUGACAAAGAAAUGAUCAGUCUAUCAUUUUAAUGGUAGGUUUAUUUGAACAGUGAGAGACAGAAUAACAACAAAAAAAUCCAGAAAAACGCAUGUCAAAAAUGUUAUGAAUUGAUUUGCAUUUUAAUGAGGGAAAUAAGUAUUUGACCCCCUCUCAAUCAGAAACAUUUCUGUCUCCCAGGUGUCUUUUAUACAGGUAACGAGCUGAGAUUAGGAGCACACUCUUAAAGGGAGUGCUCCUAAUCUCAGCUUGUUACCUGUAUAAAUAAUAAUAAUAUGCCAUUUAGCAGAUGUUUUUAUCCAAAGCGACUUACAGUCAUGUGUGCAUACAUUUUUACGUAUGGGUGGUCCCGGGGAUCGAACCCACUACCCUGGCAUUACAAGCGCCAUGCUCUACCAAUUGAGCUACAGAGGACCAGUGUAAAUACCAUGUUGACUACCAUGCUUCCCACAGUUGUGUCAAGUUGGUAUAAAAGACACCUGUCCACAGAAGCAAUCAAUCAAUCAGAUUCCAAACUCUCAACCAUGGCCAAGACCAAAGAGCUCUCCAAGGAUGUCAGGGACAAGAUUGUAGACCUACACAAGGCUGGAAUGGGCUACAAGACCAUCGCCAAGCAGCUUGGUGAGAAGGUGACAACAGUUGGUGUGAUUAUUCGCAAAUGGAAGAAACACAAAAGAACUGUCAAUCUCCCUCGGCCUGGGGCUCCAUGCAAGAUCUCACCUCAUGGAGUUGCAAUGAUCAUGAGAAGGGUGAGGAAUCAGCCCAGAACUACACAGGAGGAUCUUGUCAAUGAUCUCAAGGCAGCUAGGACCAUAGUCACCAAGAAAACAAUUGGUAACACACUACGCAGUGAAGGACUGAACUCCUGCAGCGCCCGCAAGGCCCCCCUGCUCAAGAAAGCACAUAUACAGGCCCGUCUGAAGUUUGCUAAUGAAAAUCUGAAUGAUUCAGAGGAGAACUGGGGGAAAGUGUUGUGGUCAGAUGAGACCAAAAUCGAGCUCUUUGGCAUCAACUAAACUCGCCGUGUUUGGAGGAGGAGGAAUGCUGCCUAUGACCACAAGAACACCAUCCCCACCGUCAAACAUGGAGGUGGAAACAUUAUGCUUUGGGGGGUUUUUUCUGCUAAGGGGACAGGACAACUUCACCGCAUCAAAGGGACGAUGGACGGGGCCAUGUACCGUCAAAUCUUGGGUGAGAACCUCCUUCCCUCAGCCAGGGCAUUGAAAAUGGGUCGUGGAUGGGUAUUCCAGCAUGACAAUGACCCAAAAGUGGCUCAAUAAGGAGCACAUUAAGGUCCUGGAGUGGCCUAGCCAGUCUCCAAACCUUAAUCCCAUAGAAAAUCUGUGGAGGGAGCUGAAGGUUCGAGUUGCCAAACGUCAGCCUCGAAACCUUAAUGACUUGGAGAAGACCUGCAAAGAGGAGUGGGACAAAAUCCCUCCUGAGAUGUGUGCAAACCUGGUGGCCAUCUACAAGAAACGUCUGACCUCUGUGAUUGCCAACAAGGGUUUUGCCACCAAGUACUAAGUCAUGUUUUGCAGAGGGGUCAAAUACUUAUUUCCCUCAUUAAAAUGCAAAUCAAUUCAUAAAAUCUUUGACAUGCAUUUUUCUGGAUUUUGUUGUUGUUAUUCUGUCUCUCACUGUUCAAAUAAAACUACCAUUAAAAUUAUAGACUGAUCAUGUCUUUGUCAGUGGGCAAACGUACAAAAUCAGCAGGGGAUCAAAUACUUUUUUCCCUCACUGUAGAUCAGAUCAAGGAACCAAGUAAGCUUCAUUGCUUACACACCACUGCCCCCAUGGCUACACAAGGAAUGAUAUGGCACGUUACAAUUUUCAUGUGGCACGGGAGUACGUAGAAUGUCAGAGCAUACUACAAGGAGCCGGCCCUUUUGUGAUGAAAAACAACAUUGCAACACUGAGCUACACUCCGUUGGGUCCGUCUCCAUAGGGUAUAAAUAGCCCUUUAAGGGGGGGUUAAAUGCAUUCGGGGGAAGAGGACAGUGUGCACACUUCUGAAGAAGGGUAAUGAAUCAGAAUGCAGCCUGUUUCAUUCCAGGAAGAUGUUCCCUCCCCUCUCCCAUCGUUCACUCCCCUUCCCAGAUCUGAUAGGACUGGAUGGGUGAAAAGCAAUAUGGCGAUAACUAGGUGGAGUUAUUGCUUACACCUACCCAGUUGUAUCAGAUCCAUUAAUGAAAAUGAACGAGGGAAGAGGGAAGUGGACAACUUUCUGGAAUGUGUUACCUUUGCUUCUGGAUUGAUAUGCACUGAGUGUACAAAACAUUAGGAACACCUUCCUAAUAUUGAGUUGCACCCCCUUUUGCCCUCAGAACAGCCACAAUUCGUCGGGGCAUGGACUCUACAUGGUGUCGAAAGCGUUCCACAGAGAUGCUGGCCCAUGUUGACCACUAUGCUUCCCACAGUUGUGUCAAGGUGGCUGUAUGUUCUUUGGGUAGUGGACCAUUCUUGAUACACAGGGGAAAUUGUUGAGCGUGAAAAACCCAGCAGCGUUGCAGUUCUUGACACACUGAAACCGGUGCGCCUUGCACAUACUAAGGGAUCAUAACUUUCACCUGGAUUCAUCUGGUCAGUCUAUGUCAUGGAAAGAGCCGGUGUUCCUAAUGUUUUGUACACUCAGUGUAGAAUAAUGAGUGAGUUAUCCAUGUUUCCCCUGUAGAGUCAAAAUAAAUGAGACCUCCACGGAUAAGGCCAGAGGCAACACUUCUGGUAAGACCCUGUCUUAGUCUUUACCUUUUUAUUAACCCAUUAAUAGACACACUUUUCUAGCCAAACUUGUGAGGGAAUAUGGGCUCUAGUGUACUAUAGUCCUGUUAUAAAGAGAUCUGACCAUAGUGAUUUAAAGCGGCAAUCAGCAGUUGAAGCAAUAACAAGGCCUCUGUUUCUGUAAAAAGCUGAAGUAUAGGGCUGGAGAAAUGUAACCAUUCUCAAAUUCAUAUAUGGAUGCAAGGACUGACAUUGGAGUAAAACAAGCUUAUAUUUUGGGUUCUGAUGGGGUACGCAAGUUAAACUAAGCUCAUGAGGCCUUUAUAAGUUAAAUUCUUCAAGAAUCUAUGGCUACACAUCAUUAAUUUGUAGGUCCAAAAAUGGAUGUAGCUACUGCAGAUUGUCAUUGUCAUUUUGUCUUCUGAUCAGAAAUCUCUGGCCCCAUCAUAUUGGAAAGCUACAGGGUGAUCGCUGAAUACAGCAAGACCUCCAAGUAUGAGAUCAACCUGCAUACUGGAGACUUAGUGGAGAUUGUGGAGAAAAGCCUGAACGGUGAGUGACAAUAAGACACAACAUCACUCACCAAAUGAAUGGUCCCAGUCAGAGCAGAAGCCAUCUGAAUCUGAGCCAAAGUGUGCAUGUGACAAUGUGAACUGGAUGCAACAUACUGUACAUGGGCCUUUUCUCCUCCGUGUCAAGGAGAUGUCAAUUCGUUAGUGUCUUCCUCUCCUCGAUAGCCACCUUUCAUGCACACGUUUAAAAACAAUAUGCUACUUGUUGUUUUAUCUAUAAAAUGUGUUGCACAACUAACUUCAUUCGUUUUUAUCACUUUACACGUUUAUUUUGGGGUCCAACCCUGUAAACGUAAUUUGCCUGAUGAAGCGCGAGUGGAGAAGGAGUCUUAUUUCAUAAAAGCGCAUUUUCGGCCACGUUCCGUCUCCUCGCCGCCUCUCCUCGAUUACCUUUGAUAUUUUUCAAAAGGAGGCGAGAGAGGAUGGAGGAGUUGAGCAAAUCCUAUUGAUAAAAGGCCCUAGUGUGUUCCUGAUUAACCUACUGCUGCUCCUCCUGGGUCGUGUUUAGGAGGCAUGAAACAAAAGACAACAGACUGAAACAGGGAGAGAGUACCUCCUACCCAAUAAGAAACACACAUUUUUGUUUUAAAAAGUUUACCAUUGCAUGCCCUACUGAACAUGAACAUGGUUUCUGUGCUUAGCGCUCACUUGACCUUUGACCCCUCUACCAUGGCAGGUUGGUGGUUCUGCCAGUGUGAGACCAAGCGGGGCUGGGUGCCCGCCUCUUACCUGGAGCCCCUGGAUGGACCAGAGGAGUCUGAAGAAGCUGAUCCCAACUACACAGGCAAGUCUCACCACCUGCUUGGGCUCCAGCUAAAAUAAGAGCAAGGGAGGCUGGUGACGGCCAUCUUCUGUCACAAUCUCAAUUUUAGUCCUUUAUAUUUUUAUCUAAUAUCUAUUGGUAUGUGACACCAUUUUCAGUGAGGUCACAGGUGAUUUGUUUGUUAGGUUUUGUGUUGGCUGUCGACAUUGUAUAAUAUUAACCUAAUUCUAAACCAACUUUGAGAAGCUAGUGAAGCCUUAGAGCUCAUAAUUCUAAUGUGUGUUUGUCCCCACAGGAGAACUCUACAUCACCACCAAAGCCUACAAGGCAGCACAAGAUGAUGAGCUGACUCUUGAGACGGGGGAAACUAUUGAGGUCAUUCACAAGCUCCUGGAUGGAUGGUGGGUGGUCAGGUAUGUAGGCUGAUUCUGUACUCUUCCCGCUCUCUAUUAAUCUCUGUAAGAACGUCGGACCAUCGGCAGGCAGCUGUGUGGAUCAGUAGUAGCUUACAUAUUAGCUACUGUUGUAUCAUGUAGCCACGCACACGCACACACACAGUGUUUCUAAGUGCAUCUCGUCUUGGAUAGGAAAGGAGAGGAGACAGGACACUUCCCCUCCAUGUUUCUCCACAGAACUGGGGAGAAGAAGGAGAUGGAGCCGGAGGAGAACGUAACAAGAAGACAGACACCACCACCCAGACGGUAGGCCUACAAACUUCUGGACAUUUAUUUUGGAUUACUUCCUCUAUGGAUAAAGACAAAGCGCACUACGCUUUUUUUACGGGCGACAGGUUCAGUACACAUCACUGCAUUCUGUCUCAGAAAGUAGGCUGGCCCUCUUUGAAGUCUCGUAGAUUGAUGCAUUGCACUCUUUUUGUUUAUAAAGCCCUCCUGCAUCAACUUCCGCCGUACCUUACUUCAUUACUAACUUGAAAUAAGGUACGUGAAGUAAGGUCCACCACGUAUGCAGUGGUGGAAAAAGUACUCAAUCGUAAAAGUAAAGAUACCUUAAUAGAAAAAGACUCAAGUAAAAGUCUCCCAGUAAAAUACUACUUUAAUACAAAUCUAAAAGUAUCUGGUUUAAAAUGUACUUAGGUACAGUGGUGAAAAAAGUGCUCAGUUGUCACAAAAGUAAAUUCUACCUCAAAUUAAAUUAAGCAAACCAGACAUCACCAUUUUUUAUUGUAAAAUCAAAACAAAAAACAGACAGACAGACAGGGGCACACUCCCACACUCAGACAUCAUUUACAAACGCAGUAUUUGUGUUUAGUGAGUCCGCCAAAUCAGAGGCAGUAGGGAUGAUGCGUUAUAUUGAUAGGUGUGUGAAUUGGACCAUAUUGCUGUCCUGCCUUAGCAUUCGAAAUGUAACUAGUACUUUAGGAUGUCAGUGAAAAUGUAUGGGAGUAAAAAGUACAUAUUUUCUUUAGGAAUGUAGUGGAGUACUGUGGAAGUAAAAGUCCAAAAUAUAAAUAAAGUACAGAUACCCCCCAAAAAAUACUUUAGUACUUCAAAGUAUUUUUACUUAAGUACUUUACACCACUGGACGUACGAGAUACCAGACCCGGUCUCAGGGAUGGCUACCUCUGGAGAUCCCUUCAAUUUCCACUGAGUUGGGUAGAUCUGCUUGUAGUUUUCUUGCACCUUACAUGUGGAAUGAUCUCCAAUACACUUUAUAAUUGGAGGAAUUGGUACCUCUAAGGCAUUUCAGAUGGCUGAUAUUAGAUAUUUUUACUGAAGAAUGUCUGUUUUUUAUGAUUGUGUUUUGCUUUUCAUGUAUUGUUGUGUAUAAUAACGUGUAUUUCAAUGUUUAUAUGGAUGUGAAGUUUAAUGUGUAUAUUAUAUUUUGAUAUGUUUUGUUGUUCAAAAACAGGACUCAUCUGGAAAAGAGACUUUGGUCUUGGCAUUGACUCCCUGUCAAAAUAAUGGUUAAAUAAAAUAUUGAUAAUUCUCUUUUUAACGGUUUGUUUUAACUUCUCACUUCCUCUUUCCACAUAUAUCUCCUCUUGGCUUUUAGGUCUACAAUCCGCAAUACUCAGAGUAUUCACGGUAAACGGCGCAAGGGCAUCAGCCAGGACACCUACCGCAGGACCAGUCGCCGCUUCCUGCAGCAGAAAGGCGACUGGCCCAACCAGCCCAGGAAGACCUCCAAUGCCUCCACACAGUCCCUCCUGCAGGAGAGGAAGAACAGAGGUAUACCAUUUUGAUACAGGCAGCCAUUUUUAUACAGUAUUGUGGCAGACCUGGGUUCAAAUAUUGCUGUAUUUGUUUUCUUUCAAAGCUUUAUUGAGCUUGCCUGGAAUGCAGAAUGGAACCAAUGGAAUAGUCCCAAAAGUUCAAACCCCAUAUAUGUAGCACUCCAGGCAAGCUCAGCUCCAGGCACUUUGUGACAACUGCUGAUGUAAAAAGGACUUUAUAAAAUCAAUUUGAUAGAUUGAUUGAGCUCAAGCAAAUACUCCCAAGAGUUUGAAAGAAUACAGAUACUAUUUGAAGCCAGGUCUCCGGUGGAGUAGAAUUGGCUAUGGCUUGCUCCCACAGUAAAGGCCUUCAAUCAGAGAGCAAAGCUGUAUAUUGCCAACUCCAUAAAAGCAGCAACGCGCAUGCCCCGAUCACCUAAGGAUUUCUCCUUUUCAGCCAUCAAUGUCCUGUGUUUGAGGGGUGCAAAUUCCACAAUUUCACUGGAUUGAUUGCUUUCAUUUUAUUCUUGCGACUCUUUCCUACUCUCACUUGUGCCAUUUGUUUUUUCCGUUAACAUUACAACCGUGAAAACGUUUGUAAUGACCUUUCAAACACUCCGGUAAUUACUGAAAUGGGCUUAAUGGAAUACAAUUGUUUUCUGUUACAUCUAUAGGGGGACACUACUCAUCCGGGACUGGGGUACGCGCCAAUCUAUCCUCAUUGAAAACAGUUAAACUUCGCCUGAAUUCAAGCAACAACGACACAAUCUUUUUAAUAUUCUUUUUUUCUUUUUUUACUGGAUUAUAGCUCCCGUCGAAAUGUCGUGAUGAAUAUUAAUAUUAUAGUCACCAGUCAACUCCAUUAAACUCAAAUGUUUACCAGUGAUUACCAUUAAAAUCAACUUCAACCAGUGAUUGAUAGCAAUGGCUAGCUGUGCUAGCUAUGCUGCCAGUCUGUCUUAAUGAGUGUUAGCAUGCUAAUAGCAUAACCUGCACACAACAUUUUUUAUUUCUAAGGGGCAGUAGGUUAUUGAUAUCAGCCAAAUUAUGUUGUAUCGGACAUUUCAAACAACAUUCCCAGCUAAUGAGAAAACAGUCAUGGUAUUUAGUUUAAGACACAAAUGAGAGAACAUCACUCUAACCUUUUUACUCUCCCUAGCAGACUGUUUUCAAGUUAUAGACGGGUGAGUGACUAACUGUGUUACUGUUUUGCCAGAGUGAAUGUACGAAUGCUUCCCAUGUUGUCACACCCUGGCUCUGGGACCCUAUAUGUUGAGCCAGGGUGUGUUCAUUCUGUGGUGUUCAUUCUAGUUUGUUGUAUUCUAUGUUUGCCUGAGUGACUCCCAAUCAGAGGCAACGAGUGUCAGCUGUUGGCUGGUUGUCUCUGAUUGGGAGCCAUAUUUAAACUGUCUGUUUUCCCUUUUGUGUUUGUGGGUUUUUGUUCCGUGUUUCGGUCAUUGAUACCGUGGACGUCACGAGUCGUUUCUUGUUUUGUAUUCAUGUUUAUACUUUAACUAAUUAAAGUAUGUUUGUUCAUCACGCUGCGCCUUGGUCUGUUCCAUAUGACGUGGAGACAGAAAAACCCACCUCGACUGGAUCAAGCAGCGUGACGAGGAGAGAGGAUGGACUUGGGAGGAGAUGAGUGCGAGUCUGGCAAGAGGGAUGGAGGCCUUGGCCACGGGUAGGAGUGAAGCCCAUACAUUUUUUAGGGGGGGGCUAACGCCGUGGACGACGGGGCAGCAGGAGGCCGCCAGGUUACGGGAGUCACUGGUCACCAGGGGGAAGGAGGAUGUAGAGGCACGGCGAGAGGUACUGGCGUGUGUUGCCAGUCCGGUCCGGCCUGUUCCUGAUCCCCACGUAGGGCCAGUUGUGUGUGUUCCCAGUACGGUCCGGCCUGUUCCUGCCACUCGCACCAAGUCUGUGGUGCGCUUCGUCAGCCCGGCACGGCCCGUUCCUGCUCCCCGCACCAAGUCAGUGGUGCGCUUCGUCAGCCCGGCACGGCCCGUUCCUGCUCCCCGCACCAAGUCAGUAGUGCGCGUCGUCAGCCCGGUCCGGCUCAUUCCUGCUCCCCGCACCAAGUCAGUGGUGCGCUUCGUCAGCCCGGUCCGGCCCGCUCCUGCUCCCCGCACCAAGUCAGUGGUGCGCUUCGUCAGCCCGGUCCGGCCCGCUCCUGCUCCCCGCACCAAGUCAGUGGUGCGUUUCGUCAGCCCAGCGCGGCCCGCUCCUGCUCCCCACACCAAGCCAGUGGUGUGCGUCGUCAGUCCGGCACGGGCCGUGCCUGUUCCACCGGUGGCUGGUCCGGCACCGGUCAGAUGCUUCGCGCCGGAGCUAGAGCAAUCCGCUCCACCAGUGUCAAGUUCAGCUCCAGCCAGCGGGGCCAGACUGGACCAGGGGCGCUAUGGGGGGUUGAUUGGAGGGUGGUGGUCAAGGCCGGAGCCAGAACCGCCGCCGAGGAGGUAUGCCCGCCCAGCCCUCCCCUGUUUUGUUUUAGUUGAGGCGUGGUCACAGUCCGCGCCUUUAGGGGGGGGUACUGUCACACCCUGGCUCUGGGACCCUAUAUGUUGAGCCAGGGUGUGUUCAUUCUGUGGUGUUCAUUCUAGUUUGUUGUAUUCUAUGUUUGCCUGAGUGACUCCCAAUCAGAGGCAACGAGUGUCAGCUGUUGGCUGGUUGUCUCUGAUUGGGAGCCAUAUUUAAACUGUCUGUUUUCCCUUUUGUGUUUGUGGGUUUUUGUUCCGUGUUUCGGUCAUUGAUACCGUGGACGUCACGAGUCGUUUCUUGUUUUGUAUUCAUGUUUAUACUUUAACUAAUUAAAGUAUGUUUGUUCAUCACGCUGCGCCUUGGUCUGUUCCAUAUGACGUGGAGACAGAAAAACCCACCUCGACUGGAUCAAGCAGCGUGACGAGGAGAGAGGAUGGACUUGGGAGGAGAUGAGUGCGAGUCUGGCAAGAGGGAUGGAGGCCUUGGCCACGGGUAGGAGUGAAGCCCAUAAAUUUUUUAGGGGGGGCUAACGCCGUGGACGACGGGGCAGCAGGAGGCCGCCAGGUUACGGGAGUCACUGGUCACCAGGGGGAAGGAGGAUGUAGAGGCACGGCGAGAGGUACUGGCGUGUGAUGCCAGUCCGGUCCGGCCUGUUCCUGAUCCCCACGUAGGGCCAGUUGUGUGUGUUCCCAGUACGGUCCGGCCUGUUCCUGCCACUCGCACCAAGUCAGUGGUGCGCUUCGUCAGCCCGGCACGGCCCGUUCCUGCUCCCCGCACCAAGUCAGUGGUGCGCUUCGUCAGCCCGGCACGGCCCGUUCCUGCUCCCCGCACCAAGUCAGUGGUGCGCUUCGUCAGCCCGGUCCGGCCCGCUCCUGCUCCCCGCACCAAGUCAGUGGUGCGUUUCGUCAGCCCGGCGCGGCCCGCUCCUGCUCCCCACACCAAGCCAGUGGUGUGCGUCGUCAGUCCGGCACGGGCCGUGCCUGUUCCACCGGUGGCUGGUCCGGCACCGGUCAGAUGCUUCGCGCCGGAGCUAGAGCAAUCCGCUCCACCAGUGUCAAGUUCAGCUCCAGCCAGCGGGGCCAGACUGGACCAGGGGCGCUAUGGGGGGUUGAUUGGAGGGUGGUGGUCAAGGCCGGAGCCAGAACCGCCGCCGAGGAGGUAUGCCCGCCCAGCCCUCCCCUGUUUUGUUUUAGUUGAGGCGCGGUCGCAGUCCGCGCCUUUAGGGGGGGGGUACUGUCACACCCUGGCUCUGGGACCCUAUAUGUUGAGCCAGGGUGUGUUCAUUCUGUGGUGUUCAUUCUAGUUUGUUGUAUUCUAUGUUUGCCUGAGUGACUCCCAAUCAGAGGCAACGAGUGUCAGCUGUUGGCUGGUUGUCUCUGAUUGGGAGCCAUAUUUAAACUGUCUGUUUUCCCUUUUGUGUUUGUGGGUUUUUGUUCCGUGUUUCGGUCAUUGAUACCGUGGACGUCACGAGUCGUUUCUUGUUUUGUAUUCAUGUUUAUACUUUAACUAAUUAAAGUAUGUUUGUUCAUCACGCUGCGCCUUGGUCUGUUCCAUAUGACGAUCGUGACACAUGUGAGGGAAAAAAAACACAAGAAACACACCCACAUCAAAGCACACCUCCAAGACGCAAAUCUUGUCUUUUCAGUUGCAUUUCUUAAUGAGGAGGGCAGAAACCCGAGGUGAAAUCAGCAAGUUCAGCCCCAAUUGAAUGAUUUGUCUCUGCCAGUACAAUGUUGUAUGUGCUAUAAUUCAAUCAAUAUAUGUGGGAAUUCAAAAAGUUCCAACCGUUUCUAAUAUAAGGCCUUCAUAGUUCUCUACCAAUUGACUUUCAUUAACUCAAGCCUGGUUUAUUGUGUUGCGUUGUUUCAGACAACAUCCCAAAGCCAGCAGGCUCUAGUCCGGGGGGCGAGCUGAAGGAAGGGGCUCCCCUCAUUCCCCCUCGGCCCAGUCCUGAACUCAUCAUGGAGCGCUGCACGGAGAACACCCGCAAAAAAGUCAGCGUCCGCAAGUCGAACUGAGCUUUAAACUUUGUGGAUCUGGGCUUGUGUCAGUAAUGCAAUGCAAGCAAAGAGGGGUUAAUGUGCGCAAUACAACUGAACAGCAGAUAAAUUCAACCAUGUGUGCCGUAGAGGGCAUUUUGUUCUAAAUGUAACCACUUAGGACUAGCUAACUGCUUGGAGAAAGUAAAACAAUAGUGAAAUGUGAAUGUACA